AGCAGUAGCAACAGUAGUAACAGCAGCAGUAGCAACAGUAGUAACAGCAGCAGCAACAGCAGCGACAGUAGUGACAGCAGCAGCAACAGUAGUGACAGCAGCAGCAACAGUAGUAACAGCAGCAGCAGCAACAGUAGUAACAGCAGCAGCAGCGACAGUAGUGACAGCAGCAGCAACAGUAGUAACAGCAGCAGCAACAGUAGUAACAGCAGCAGCAACAGUAGUAACAGCAGCAGCAACAGUAGUGACAGCAGCAGCAACAGUAGUAACAGCAGUAGCAACAGUAGUAACAGCAGCAGCAGCAACAGUAGUAACAGCAGCAGCAACAGUAGUAACAGCAGCAGCAACAGUAGUAACAGCAGUAGCAACAGUAGUAACAGCAGUAGCAACAGUAGUAACAGCAGCAGCAACAGUAGUAACAGCAGUAGCAACAGUAGUAACAGCAGCAGCAGUGACAGUAGUAACAGCAGUAGCAACAGUAGUAACAGCAGCAGCAACAGUAGUAACAGCAGUAGCAACAGUAGUAACAGCAGCAGCAGCGACAGUAGUAACAGCAGCAGCAACAGUAGUAACAGCAGUAGCAACAGUAGUAACAGCAGCAGCAGCGACAGUAGUAACAGCAGCAGCAACAGUAGUAACAGCAGCAGCAACAGUAGUAACAGCAGCAGUAGCAACAGUAGUAAC